UGACGCUGGAGCGGCUAGGAUCUGAGGAUCAGGAAAGCACUCAGCGUCGGCUACUGGAACAGUUUGAACUGCUAGAGGACCACAGUAGGCGACUCACAGAGCGGCUACACCAGUUGCAGAGCCAGGCGGGACCUGAGGGUCAACAGAGGCAGCAGCUAGAAGCCG